CCUCAUGGAGGUCACAUGGAAGUGAAGCACAGCGCCACCCUGAGAGUCUGGUCGGGAAAACCAGUCUGAGGUGGAGGUGAAGGAGGAGGAGGGGGGUUUAUAAAUCACUAGAAAUCAUAACACAUGCAUGUCAGACCCGGUUACAGAUCGACAGCGUCUGAUAUCUGUUAUUAAACGUGGCUGCGCCUGCAGGUUGGAGGAGGGUUGUUGUUAUGUUGUGUUAUGUUAUGACACGGACAGAUGAGUCCAGCUGUUCAGUCACGGUGAGCGCACCAUCAUCAUCAUCAUCAUCAUCAUCAUCUUCACUGUGAGCUGGAUUAAUGAGUGGACGUGGAGGAGGAGGGAGCAGAGACACAAACGUUGGCCGGCUCCAUCUGAUGGAAAACGGGCUGCUCCGAUAGAGACGAGCGGGUGUAGCUGCAGCUACAUCCGUGCUAACGAACCAGGCUGCAGGCUGCAGGUGUGGGCCUUGCUGCUCCUGCCUCGUGAUCCGGACGCUUCGGUGGGAAAAAUUCAAGGGUCAUGGAUUUCCCGGGCCACUUCGAGCAGAUCUUCCAGCAGCUCAACUACCAGCGCGUCCACGGUCAGCUGUGCGACUGCGUCAUCGUGGUGGGCAGCAGACACUUCAAGGCCCACCGCUCGGUGCUGGCGGCCUGCAGCACCCACUUCAGAGCCCUGUUCACUGUCGCGGAGGGAGACGCCAGCAUGAACAUGAUCCAGCUGGACAGCGAGGUGGUGACGGCCGAAGCUUUUGCAGCUCUGGUGGACAUGAUGUACACGUCCACGCUGAUGCUCGGGGAGAGCAACGUCAUGGACAUCCUCCUCGCAGCCUCACAUCUGCACCUCAACAAUGUAGUGAAAGCCUGCAAACACUACCUGACCACGCGCACCCUUCCCAUGUCCCCCUCGUCCGACAGACCCGUCCAUCACCACCCUCAGCAGGAGCAGCAGAGGCACCGGCAGCAGCAGCAGCAGCAGCAGCAGCAGCAGGUGGCAGAUUUAGCGGUGAACCCUUCCUUGGCAGCUAAUGCCAACCUCGCAGCGAACGCCGCCACGUCGAAGCUGCAGCGCUCCUUCCUCCUGCAGCAGCUGGGGCUCAGCUUGGUGAGCUCUGCGUUGGGCGGGAUGGAAGAGGACGGAGUUGGAAACGUGGUUGGCAGAGGGGUGGUUGAACAGAGAGCUUCCUUUCCGAUAAGGCGCUUCCACAAACGCAAGCCGUCCAUGGCCUUGGGUCUGUCCGAGGAGAGACCCAGGCAGAGGCAGCGCCUCUCUGCCCCUAAUUUGGGGCUGUUAGGCGAAGGAGGGGUGAACGCAGAGCGAGAGGAAGGAGCGCUGCUCUCCCCGGACUCCCACAAGAUGGGGGAUGAGUCGAAACUGGACGCAAUCACGGGUUUAGUCGGCGUGUCGCAAGAUGAUCCUCAGAUGCCCAGCCAGUCGGACAGCGGGCACUGCGAGGGGGAGGACUUGGGGAGAAUGCAGGGAGGGGUGAGCAAAGAGGAGGACAUGGAAGACCAGGACCACCAGGACAGCAUGGCAGGGGUGAAGAUCAAAUCGGGGACAGAGGAGGAGGAGGCCGAAGAACAGAAGGUGGUGGUUAAACGAGAGCCGCUGAGUUCCCCCGAGCCGACCGAUGAAAUCAGCGACGUGACAUCGCAGGCCGAAGGCAGCGACCGGGCCGAGCCCGGAGGCCAGGAGGAGGAGGAGAAGGCGGAGCUGAGCCCGGAGAGCAGCGACCGCAGCUUCACGUCUGAGCCCCAACCCAGCGCCGACUCUCUGCUGCAGCCCAGAGAGCAGCUCCUCCUCAAGGGCAGCAUGGGAGGAGGCGCCGGGGUCGGAGGAGGUUUCGGGUGUAAUAACGGACUGGGCGGAAAACCUGGUUUUAGUAUUUCUAGCUUCCUCAGUCCGAAGGAUUAUGGAAGCAGCGGAGCCGGGUUGGUUACCGGAGAGGAUGAUCUUCCCAACACGACAACUGGUGAUACAGUGGCACAUCACUUCCUGCUCAGACAGGAAGCUCCUGGGCCGUCCGGGUCUGCCUCUUCCUCUCUUCUCCAGUCGGGUCCGCUCGGCGGUGACAGUCGCAGCGGUUUUGGAGACAACCUACAAGCUGAUUCUUUAUUCCUCCGCCCCCUGCAUGAUGGGUUAGGGAACCCGAGAGGAGGCGCAGGGAGUGGAAGUGCAGGACGUGGAGGAGUGGAUCCCUUUGGUUUGGACUUCCAGCGCUCCAGUCUGGGGCUUCAUUCCCUGGGGCGACCCUCACGAGGGGCAGGAGGAGCGACAGCCGCCGCUCUGGGUUACCCAGGUUACAGACGCAUCGCUCCAAAGAUGGCCAACGGCAUGGGAGCAGAGGAAGGGGUGAGCGGCGUUCUCCAGGACGCCGCCUCUUCCUCCUCGAGCAUGGCGAGUCCUCUGCUUCUAAACAAGAGCGGCGGGUAUGAGAUGAACAGUGGCAGGCCCACCUCCCUCCCGCCUCAGCUGACACGGGCUUCGGCCGACGUCCUGUCCAAGUGCAAGAAGGCUCUGUCGGAGCACAACGUCUUGGUGGUGGAGGGAGCUCGGAAAUACGCCUGUAAAAUCUGCUGCAAAACCUUCCUCACCCUGACGGACUGCAAGAAACACAUCCGAGUCCACACGGGGGAGAAACCGUACGCAUGCCUCAAGUGUGGGAAGCGUUUCAGCCAGUCGUCCCACCUAUACAAGCAUUCCAAGACCACCUGCCUGCGCUGGCAGAACAGUAACAUGUCCAACGCUCUGCUGUAAGCCCGACGUUACUGCAUCAAAGCAGAGCAGAGCGGGCCGACAGGAUUAGGAAUCCGUGAUGGGAAUCCCAAACAUGUUUUGAUUUUUUUUUUUAAGCUCUUACAGAUGUUCUGUCCAAACUAACCAGUCCUGAUCACAGACCAAAGACAGGGACGAUAAUGUAAUCAUGCAUUUUAUUUAACCACACUGUCAUGUCGGUAAAAGUUACCCGAAGACCUCAGAGUGUCAGAUAAACACUGCUCAAAGCGUCAGUCUUUGCAUUUUCUAAAAGGAAUCAUGUGGGCGCUCUCGUUAAGUGAAGUGACGAUGAACAUCUGUAAUUUGUGGUAGUGUCGUUACGUGUAGAUCUUUCAUUGCACAUUUGUAAAAACAUGUAGCAGCAUCCCGACUGUCGAGUAACCGUCGUAAAGAUCGUGGAUUCAGAUUCAGUUUGGGUGCCAGAAAUAAAAAACAGCUGUUGAUCCAUAAUUCUUCAACUUGUCAACCAGAAGACAACAUGACAGUACUUUGAUUCAACUGAUGUGAGACAUAGUUGCCUUCUGGUCCACAGACCUUUUUUAAAUUACGCUCAUUAGAAGUGUUGCUGAGCUCAGUUAGAGUUGAGAAUAUGUCUGGUACCCGGCAAGAUAGUUCAGUUUGCACUGACGGGGGGCCUUCACCUCACGAGACGACACAAAUGCACGUCUCGCUUUGAAACAUUUCUACCUGUAGUUUGUCGAAUACAAGUUUCAGAGGAAUGGGAACCUUUUUAAAUCAACUUUGCGAUUGCCAGGCAGGGAUAUGAACCUUUAAGAAUUCAGCUCUGUUGUCUAGGGGCAGCAAUGAUGAAGAGACGAGCGUCAACUUGCAUCAACUUUGUGUUAAAAGCAGAAAUCUGCGUUCCAAAAUAUUGAUUGAAUAUUGCGUUAAAAUGCCAUUUUAAUACCUAAAUAUCAACUUCCCAAGAAGAAAUGCACCUUAUUCUGAGUCAUGAUGUGCAAAACCUGCAGUUGGUUGUGAUUUGUCUAAGAUACAACACCGAGACUUUCCCUUCUUAUUGGUCAUUCGCUGGGGAAUGACCGACCGUCCCACACAUCAGCUACGUUUCCCUGCUCGCUGGUGUUCUCGUGUGUUAAUUAAAAGGGCAACGAAGUUGUAAAAUAUUGCACAUUUGUGGUUGACGUCAUCUUUUUUUUUUUCUUUCUUUCGGAGAAGAGACUCAAACUCACGAAGAACAAAACAUUUGAAUAAGUUUGUUACUGUACUUGAUAUCAGUGCUUUGUACAUCUAAUGUUGCACCUCGACAAAUAACCGUUCUUUUUCUACGUAACCGAUAUGUUUGCUCAGAUGUUGAACGUUGUGGAAACGUUGUCGUGUCGCGAUCAUCAAACUCUACCGGCUCUCCUUCUGUUCCAUCGCCGACAGGACGAGUUUGCAAGCUGAGGGUUGUAGCAGGUGAUCUAUGAUGGCGGGAAAUUCAAAUUUUAUAGAGUCUCUUGUCAUUAUUAUUAUUAUUUUUUAAUAUACUGUAUGUAACUGUAUUUUAACGUCUGCCUGUAACUUGUUGAAUCUGUCAUAUACUGUAAGUUUCACAGCUACUGUAUGUUUCGAGUGACGUUAAGAUUCAAUAAGAGAAUGAAUCUCAUUUUUGAAGCUCGUAGAAAAUAACUCUUACAUCGACCCUGACUUCCUGCUGUUUGUACAUAAGAGCAGCUUCAUCGGCAGACAGUCGGUUCAUUGAAGUCAGCGUCCAUGCGGUGUCGUAGAGUUUUAGUGAACCGAAAUGAAAAAAAAAAAACACCUGUCUGCCUUUUUGUAUUCUUUGUUGCUUGCUGUAUCGUGUCGCCUACACUGUCGCUGAGAAACACGUCACGGUCAUCGCUUCUAUUUCUAGUCGGCACCUUAUCGUACUGUAGAGUCAUCACACUGCUAGGCUGUACAUGUUUAUUUGAAACACACGUUGACGGAUAAUCUUGAUUUGUGUUACUACAGAACGAUACUCGCCUUGUUGGAACGCCCCCCUCCUUGUAAACAUAAGCUAACCGACCGUCCGCCCUGUAAUUCUUGACACUUUGGGACCGUCGGUGAAGUCGUUUAAGCUUCGGCCUCAGACUUAAAAAAUGAUGUUUGAAUCUCGAAUCGUUUGCAUACUCUGUACAGAGAGGUAGCUGGGAUAUCCUCUUGCUGUAGAGUCCAAAGUGGCUUCCACGUCUCACAGAGUGGCUUGUUAAAGGAUUGUCAUGGUGCUGUCGCAUAAAAAUGUGAAUCUCUGGAGAAAAAAAAAAUGCACUGAUUGUAUGACGCCCUGUAUGAAUAUGCCAAAAUGUCAAACUAUAUACAAAAAGGCCUAAAUUGAUUAUGUAAGUCACUGCCUUAUGCCCUUGAGCUUGAAAAGCUGGGCUUUUUUUUUAAAUGCCAAAUCUGUCAAGUCUUUUUUUUCUUUUUUAUGUAUAACUAACAUAGUGUAAUCACGAGAGGACUAAAUGUUUGUCUCUUUACUGUUGAAGGAUAUGAAGAUUGUAUAGUAUGUUCAGUUGGUGUAUAGACUGAAUAAAAAAA